CUAUUUAUUAAAAAUGGCCUAUUCCAUAGAAUGAGACCAUCACGUUCACAUUAGGCCUACAUAAUAAGAUUUUUAACUCCAUGUGACACUCCUUGAAAGUAGGUCAGAUUUAUUCAAGGUUUAUCGAAGUUCAUUCAGUAAUGGCAGUCUCUACUACCAAUUUACCAGUUAGUCAACCGGAUUGGCCACCAUUUCAACUGAACAAGCCUAGAUUUGAUCAGGGAACUUUUGUAGGAAGAUGGAGACAUUUUUUAAAUGUAAUUGAUCCCAGGACAUUAUUUACAACAGAGUCUCAACUAAAAGAAUCAAUAAGAUUAUUAGAGGAUUAUAAAAAUGGCCAACUUAAACCAGGCGUUACGGAUGGUGAUUUGUGGAAAGCGCAAAAAAUAAAGCAGGCUAUAAUACACCCAGAUACAGGAGAGAAAAUCUUCAUGCCUUUUAGAAUGUCAGGUUUUGUACCUUUUGGAUCUCCUAUGGUUGUGGGUUUAUUGUUACCCAACCCGUCUCUAGGUAGCAUCGUAUUUUGGCAGUGGUUGAAUCAGAGCCAUAACGCCUGUGUUAAUUACGCUAACAGAAAUGCGUCUAAGCCGACACCAACAAGUAGGUUUAUAAUGGGUUAUGUUGGAGCAGUAACAAGUGCUGUGUCUAUAGCUGUUGGUUUAAAAAGUUUAAUAAAGAAAGCCAGUAGAUUUAGUCCUGCAACUAAAUUAUUAAUUCAACGAUUUGUACCUUUUCCAGCAGUAGCAACUGCCAGUACUUGUAAUGUUAUAUUAAUGAGGAAUAACGAACUAUCAGAAGGUAUUGAAGUUGUAGAUAAAGAUGGCAAGGUUGUAGGAACGUCAUUAAUUGCAGCUAAAAAGGCCAUAACAGAAACAGCCAUCACAAGGAUAUUUCUUCCUGCUCCCAUCUUUAUCAUACCACCACUCAUUAUGGCUUAUAUCGAGAGGACGAAGUUUUUAAAGACGUACCCUAAGAUGCAUUUACCUAUAAAUGCUGUAGUUUGUACUGCAGCUUUUGGUCUAGCUUUACCAGUGGCAAUAGCUAUGUUUCCUCAAUAUUCUCAGGUUUCAACCAAGGAUUUAGAGCCGAACUUUUCCACAUUAACAGACGAAGAUACGCUGUUUUAUAAUAAAGGUUUAUAAACCUUGUGUGUUUUUAAAGGUUUAUAAAUCGAGAAACAGCAUGGGGUGGAUAAACGUAGAAACGGCGGGCGUGUGAAUGAGGAGAAAGCGGAAGUAUGGAAAAAAUGUUUUUCAUCUAUUAUAUCUGAUUACAGAGCAAUCUGAUUAAAAUACAGAUCUAUAUUUCGUUUCGUUUUUGUUAUACCUUCGAUGGCCUCCACUACAUGAAUUUCUGACCGGUUGCAGUGGGAGCUCGCGUCAGGGGUCAUACAAGCGACUUUUGACUUUAUGACGUCAGACAUUUGAUUAACCAAUCAGCGUUGAUGUUUCUAGUGGGUCACCCACAGUUCCGUGCGCCGCACGCCAAGAACUCGCCACAACAAACCGUUUCAUUGUCUAAUCCCUCACAUCAACCAAGACGCGGAUUAUGUAACAAUUCUUCCUGAUCCUUGUGUAGCAAAGAAAAGUAAAACGAAAUUUUGAACUUUAAAAAAAAAAGACGAAACGAAAUAGGAUUUGUGUUUUAAUCAGAUUGAUAAAAGAGGU